UUGCCACCCAGUGGCCCCACUGCCCCGAUGGAUCCACUGAACCUGUCCUGGUACGAUGAUGAUCUGGAGAGGCAGAACUGGAGCCGGCCCUUCAAUGGGUCAGAAGGAAAGGCGGACAGGCCCCAGUACAACUACUAUGCCAUGCUGCUCACCCUCCUCAUCUUCAUCAUCGUCUUUGGCAAUGUGCUGGUGUGCAUGGCUGUAUCCCGAGAGAAGGCUUUGCAGACCACCACCAACUACCUGAUAGUCAGCCUUGCUGUGGCCGAUCUCCUGGUAGCCACACUGGUCAUGCCCUGGGUCGUCUACUUGGAGGUGGUGGGCGAGUGGAAGUUCAGCAGGAUUCACUGCGACAUCUUCGUCACUCUGGAUGUCAUGAUGUGCACGGCCAGCAUCCUGAACCUGUGUGCCAUCAGCAUCGACAGGUACACAGCUGUGGCCAUGCCCAUGCUGUACAACACACGCUAUAGCUCCAAGCGCCGGGUCACUGUCAUGAUCGCCAUUGUCUGGGUCCUGUCGUUCACCAUCUCCUGCCCGCUGCUCUUCGGACUCAACAACAACGACCAGAAUGAGUGUAUCAUCGCCAACCCCGCCUUCGUGGUCUACUCCUCCAUCGUCUCAUUCUACGUGCCCUUCAUCGUCACCUUGCUGGUCUACAUAAAAAUCUACAUUGUCCUCCGCAAGCGCCGCAAGCGGGUCAACACCAAGCGCAGCAGCCGAGCCUUCAGAGCCAACCUGAAGACCCCACUCAAGGGCAACUGUACUCACCCUGAGGACAUGAAACUCUGCACCGUUAUCAUGAAGUCUAAUGGGAGUUUCCCAGUGAACAGGCGGAGAAUGGAUGCUGCCCGCCGAGCUCAGGAGCUGGAGAUGGAGAUGUUGUCAAGUACCAGUCCACCAGAGAGGACCCGGUAUAGCCCCAUCCCGCCCAGUCACCACCAGCUAACUCUCCCUGAUCCAUCCCACCACGGCCUCCAUAGCAACCCUGACAGUCCUGCCAAGCCAGAGAAGAAUGGGCAUGCCAGGAUUAUCAACCCCAGGAUUGCCAAGAUCUUUGAGAUCCAGACCAUGCCCAAUGGCAAAACCCGGACCUCCCUUAAGUCAAUGAGCCGCAGGAAGCUCUCCCAGCAGAAGGAGAAGAAAGCCACUCAGAUGCUUGCCAUUGUACUUGGUGUAUUCAUCAUUUGCUGGCUGCCCUUCUUCAUCACGCACAUCCUGAACAUACACUGUGACUGCAACAUCCCGCCAGUCCUCUACAGCGCCUUCACGUGGCUGGGCUAUGUCAACAGUGCCGUGAACCCCAUCAUCUACACCACCUUCAACAUCGAGUUCCGCAAGGCCUUCAUGAAGAUCCUGCACUGUUGA